GAAAGUGAGACAGAGGGACAGAGCAGGAGUCAGGUUGAAGAGGAGGAGGGAGGCUGAGAAAGAAAGAGAGAGGAGAACAGAGAGGCAGGCUUUGCCUUUUCUGGUAGUUAAAGUUGCUGAAAGAACAAACAGGAAUUCCUCGUGCUGCAGAAGGGCUGAGAUAUAAACCAGACUGUAGAGGUUGACAUACGAAGAGAGGGGAGACACCGCUGUCCAUGGACUAAACUUGAGCUACUGCUAAGUGAGAAAGCGAGGUAAUCUUUUGGGCAUCAUGGAUGACGACUUUGACCGCCGCAUGGAGCUGAGGAGGCAGAGGAGAGAGCAGAUGCGCCUCGACACUGACAAAAUGGGUUACACCAACGAUGAUGAGGAUGAGGAAGCUCGGGAGCAGAGGAGACGAGCGAGGGAGGAGAGGAAGAAGAUGAGGGACUCAGACGAGUCUGGAACCACUGAUGUGAUCGACACAAACAGUGGGACUGAGUCCUCCACCACAACCGGUGUUGAAGGUGCAGAUGACGACCAGGCUCUGCUGGAGCGCCUGGCCAAGAGGGAGGAGCGCCGGCAGAGGAGAAUGAUGGAAGCAAUGGAGAGACAGAAGGAGUUUGACCCCACCGUUAGCAUAACCAACGGCACAGACAGCACACUGGAAGAGCAGACAUCCAACACCAGCGGCAGACAGCGACAUACAGAGGAAGAGGAGGAGAAACCAGCUGAAGAGGAGGUGGCGGACAAUGGUACCAACUCCUGGAGAAAAGAGAAAGAGGACAAGGAAUAUGUGGAGGAAUCAAGAACCUCAAGCACAAGAAAUGAGGAGGAGAUUGAGGAGAGAGCUGCAGCUAAAGAAGAAGAGGUUGAGCAGUCCGAUUUAGGAAAGAGAGAUGCUGAAGAGGAAGCUGUUUCUGGUGCUGACAAGGAGGAAGAAGAAAAGAAAAGGGAAGAGGCAAGGCAGCAGAAAGAAAAAGAAGAAAAGCUGAGGAUAGAAGAGGAAGAAAGACAAAAAAGGGAAAUGGAGGAAAAGAUCAAGAAAGAGGAAGAAGAAAGGCAGCUAAAGGAGGAGGAAAGGAAGAAAAGGGGAGAAGAGGAAAAACAACAAAAGGAAAUGGAAGAGAGGCUGAGAAAAGAGGAAGAAGAAAAACUGAAAAAGGAGAAGGAGGAAAAAAUGAAAAAACAAGAGGAGGAUAAACAGAAAAGAGAGAUGGAAGAGAGACAGAAGAAAGAAGAGGAGGACAAACGAAAAAAGGAGAUGGAGCAAAAGAAGAAGAAAGAAGAGGAAGAAAAACGCCGAAAAGAGCUGGAGGAGAAAAAGAAGGAAGAGGCGGAAGAGAAGAAGAAGGAAGAGGACAAGCGCAAAAAGAGAGAGAUGGAAGAGAAGAAGAAAAAAGAGGAGGAGGAGAAGCCCAAAAAAUUUGGCUUUAAGGAAAAGAAUGAACCAGCCAAACAGAAUGUUGGGCUCUUUGAAAAUAAACUCAAGAAAACAGAAAAGACACCAAGGGACAACGUUCCCUCCCCCAAGGCAGACGACGUGGAGCGACUGGAGGCCGAGCGCAAGCUGCAGGAGCUGAAGCGUCGGCGGAACAAUGCAGAAAGCGAGGAUUUUGAGAAGAUGAAGCAGAAGCAGCAGGACGCAGAGGCCGAGCUGGAGGAGCUGAAGAGGAAGAGAGAGGAGAGGAGGAAGGUCAUGGAGGAGGAGGAGAAGCAGAAGAAACAGGAGCUGGAGGACAAGAAAGCCAAAGAACAGGAGGAAAGGAAGAGGAUGAAGGAGGAAAUAGAGAAGAGGAGGGCUGAGGCUGCAGAGAAGAAGAAACAGAAGGAGGAAGAGUCUGCCAAGCCUGUCUUUGCCAUCAGUCCCAAAGGCUCCUCAAAGAUCGGGGCGAAGGCAGAAUUCUUGAGCAAAUCAGCCCAGAAAAGCACCGCAGCCAGAGUUUCUCACACUCCAAUUGUCUCCAAGAUAGGCAACAGAAUGGAGCAGUACACCUCUGCCAUCCAGGGAAACAAAGAUGUUAAAUCCCCAAAGUCUCCGAUGGCAGAUGUUCCUACAGGAGGAGCACGCAGCAUCAAGAGCAUGUGGGAGAAAGGAAACGUCGGUAGCUCCUCUGAAAGUCCAGCUCCUGCCAACAAGGAUUUGGCUGGUAUCAAAGGAGGCAUAGCCGGACGUGUCAACAGUUGGAUGGCAAAGCCUCCAGAGGCGGAGAAGACAGCUGCCCCUGCAGCAGCCCCUGCAGCACCAGCAACCGCAACAGCAGCAGCAAAGCCAGCAGAUGUGAAACCAGGUGAUAUCGGUAACAAGCGCGGCAUGUGGGAAACCAAGAAGAGCUCUGCGCCUGCCAAGGUGGCUGUUGGAGUCAAGAGCAAGUUUGUCACUAAUGUAGAUGUGAGACCCUAACUUCCCCAUUUAAAGCAAGUCUCAUCUGACCAAACACAAGGAUCUACUACUUUAUGUGCAUCCAUUUCCUUUCAACGUACCUGUAUUUCGCAUGAAGUUCAAACCGGAGUGGGGAAAAAAACGAGGGACCAGGAUGAUUGACUCCAGCAUUAAAGUCUCCAGAGAUCUUUCCUCAGUUUCUUCCUCAAUAGUUCAAAAAAUAUUGAUGAAAGGGUUUUGUAGAACAAAGUACCAAAUGUUUAUAGCUUAAUAUGUAAAAUGGAUUGUAUCCAACUAAUCAGAUAACAAAGUAACCCAUUUCCAAUGGCCGUCAUAUGCCUAAAUGUUAUAUUGCUUUCAAGCCACACUGACAUGUCUGCUUUUCUUGUCAUGCACUGUCUAAUAGCUUAAACCCAAUAAUAAGCGUUUGUGUUGUUAUUGUCAUACAUUAUCACUGCUUUUUGGGAUGAUAGUCACUAUUUUGACUCUGAUAACCGAGGCUUUUUUAUGUUGAUGUACAUAAUGGAGUCAUUUAAUAAGUCUUUCUGGUGAGGCAUCCUUUAUAAAGGUUUAUAAAUAGUAACAAAUGACUUCAUUAAUGGUUGAUAAGUCAUUAAUGAGUUUUUGGAGUGCCAGGCUGUG